UGGCAUUCUCAGUUUCAAGUCUUCUCAUGGUGUUUUUCUUUGUUUCUUUGAACGGUUUUCAAUUGGGUUUUUCUUCGCAAUUUGGGAAUUUUAUUACUUGGGAAGAUAUUAGAAUUGAGAAUUACUUUGGUAGAAUGAGAAUAACUGAUCGAGAUAAUAGUAGUCGUGUGAUCAUGGUUGCGAAAGAUGGAUCAGGAGAUUCGUAUACGGUUCAAGGUGCGAUUGAUUUGAUUCCAGAUUUUAAUAAUCAACGAGUUAAGAUUUGGAUUCUUCCAGGAAUUUACAGGGAAAGGGUGUUAGUGCCUAAAACUAAACCAUACGUUUCGUUUAUUGCGUAUAGAAAUGCUGAAACUGUAAUAUCAUGGAAUACCAAAGCUUCUGAUAGAGAUAUAAAUGGGAAUGAAACUGGAACUUUCAAUACAGCUACUGUUGAUAUACAAUCUGAUUACUUUUGUGCAACAGGAAUCACAUUUGAGAACACAGUGGUUUCAGUUCCAGGAGGGCAAGGAAUGCAAGCUGUGGCGUUGAAAGUUGCAGGAGAUAAAGCUAUGUUUUUCAGAGUUAACAUUUUAGGUUCACAGGAUACUUUGUUGGACUUGAGUGGAUCACAUUACUUUUAUCAAUGUUAUAUUCAAGGAGCAGUUGAUUUUAUUUUCGGCAGUGCAAGAUCACUCUACCAGGACUGUAUUCUUCAUUCAACUGCUGGAAGUGUGGGAGCAAUUGCAGCUCAUCAUAGGAAUUCAGCGGAUGAAGAUUCGGGGUUUUCGUUUGUCAACUGCAAAGUUAAUGGAACAGGCUCCAUUCUCUUGGGAAGAGCUUGGGGUAAAUAUUCUAGAGCAGUUUAUUCUUACUGUGAUUUCGACGGAAUUAUAGCUCCCACUGGAUGGAGUGACUGGGGAGACUCAUCAAGAAGAAGUACUGUGUUGUUCGGGGAAUAUCAGUGUCGUGGUUCGGGUGCCAACUUGGAAAAUCGAGUACCCUGGGCGAAAACAUUCAGCUUUGAAGAAGCAAGACCAUUUCUAGAUAUGACUUUCAUUGAUGGAAAUGAAUGGUUAAGACUUUGAUUCUCUCACUGUUGUAUACUAGACAUGCUUUAAUCAAUGGAAGGAUACUACACAUAUUUUCAGUACAUACAGCCUCUCAAAUGUCAAACAAUGCUUAUUCAAAAUAUGUACAGACAGGGAAAUUGGUGCCUUUGCUUAGCAGAUUAUGAACUUGAGUGGUGUAAGCAAGUCAAGAGCAAUGAUAACAAUUAACAAGCUAGCUGUUUACAUCAGAUCAUCGAUCAGCCAAGUAACAAAUUUUCGACAAAUACAAGUCAUACAUAGCGAUAAAGUAAAUGAAAGGAAUCAUUUACACUGAUGUAAGGAUGCUUUUAAAAUGGGAUCAUAGAUAUGUGAUGAAGAGUUAAAUGAGGUGGUACUAGCCUAGCCUUUUAAGGGUGUCAUGUGUCCAUUUGAUUGUUUGUUGUGAGUGUCUGCUGCGUACACCU